UUGAACUAAUGAACAAAUGUAAUCAAUUCAGGGGAAUGCUCCAGCAUCAGUUCAGAAACUAAAAGUAAAAAAUCACAGAGAAAGGGUAAAAGAAACCAAAUAAUUCCCUACUCCACGACAUCGUCUACUCCAGUAGCAUAAUAGAGCAAACGCGAGACUGAAAUCCGGAUUUGCAUAUGCUUGUGCUGGAGCCGCCUGGGCUACCGCAGGUAGAUGGCAGCCCAGAUCGAGCUCACAUUGUCCUGUCGACGCAGGGAGGAGAUGUAUGUCGAAGUGCUCACAGGUUGGGUCGCUGCCCCGGUUCACCAUGGCGUCGGCAAGGGCGGAGCUGCCGAAGAGCUCCCCGGACUGCACCGUGUGCCUGUCGCCGUUCACGCCGGACGCGGAGCUGCGGCUGCUCCCCGCAUGCCGGCACGCGUUCCACGCGUGGCUGCGCACCUCCCCGACCUGCCCGCUCUGCCGCACCACCGUCGCGCUCCCGCACGGCCGCACCCCCUCCAUCUCGCUUCCGAGAAUUAGCAGGGACCGUUUCCGUGUCGAGAUGGGCAGCGUCAGCAGCCGCGGCUCGCCCAUCAGUGUCGGCAGCGGUGGCCGGCGGGGGUGA